GGCGAGCUGGAACAUCGGCGUCUCAAGCGGUUCUAUGUACACAUGAACAAGAAUGCGCUGUUCGUAUCUCAAAUCACCAAGCACCAGCACCGCAAACACUUCGUCAACAAGGCCCACAGUCGCGUGCCCAAACUGACGUCCAAACCGGCUGAACGCAAGGCCAAGGCUAGACGGGCAAUGACGCAAAAGACAGCCGGGUCUCUGCAAGCUCGCCCCGAUGUUCACAAAGACAUCGGCUCAUGUGCUCCGCGUGACCACCACCAAAUCUCCCAUGAGCAGCAGCAGCAUGUAGAUAUUGCUGCAUUUGUACGCAACAACAAGGGCGACGUGGCAGUUGAGAACUUUGCUCGCGACCUGCGCACCCAUGUUCUUGAACGUCUGCACACUGGCCUGGGACCAACUGAUGAGGACUAUGUGCCCUCCCAUGAAGAUCACGCAGCACUACGUAUCUGCCAUGAUUGCAUGUACAUCCACAAGCAGAUGCUUGUGAACUAUACCACCUACGACAUG